GUCCUUUGGGUAAACUGUACGAGAUUAAUCCCCGGAAUUUUGUCGUACAAAUCCCGUAUGGUGCUCGAGUGAGGUGUCACUUUCCCGUACUUUCUCUGUCUGGAAUGCGAGCAUUGUUUGCCCUAUUGCAUCAGUUCUAUUCAAAAAGUACAACAUUUGGAUUGAAAUCUCGUCGUAUCUUUACUUCUCCUGCAAGAAUGGUUCUUGAUUUAGACUUAUUUCGCGAAGACCGUGGUGGAAAUCCUGCCAAAAUGCGAGAAAAUCAGGGCAAGCGAUAUAAAGAUGCUUCGAUGGUCGACAAAGUUAUCAGUGCAGACAGUGAAUGGAGAAAAUGUGAGUGUCUAUACUUAUGUUUUCGAUGAAAAUGACUGUUAAAGUUUUAAUACUUCUAUCCACCUUACAGCUCGUUUUCAAGCAGAUAACUGGAACAAAUUAAAGAAUUUAUGUAGCAAACAAAUUGGAGAGAAAAUGAAGGUAAA